GGCGAAGGUGGGUCUUAUUGCCUAGACGAUAGUGAGUUGGGCUGAGCGGUGGCUCCAGCGACCAAUAGAAGCCGGGGGCGGGGCCUGCUAGUUGGUGGCGGCUGCGGCGGGGCUUGCAGGCGUCUGGUGUUGCUGACUCAGCAAGCCUGAUAAGCAUGAAGCUCCUGUGUUUGGUGGCUGUGGUCGGGUGCUUGCUGGUGCCCCCAGCUCAAGCUAACAAGAGCUCUGAAGAUAUCCGGUGCAAAUGUAUAUGUCCACCUUAUAGAAACAUCAGUGGACACAUUUACAACCAGAAUGUAUCUCAGAAAGACUGUAACUGCCUACAUGUGGUGGAGCCUAUGCCAGUGCCUGGCCAUGAUGUGGAGGCCUACUGCCUACUGUGUGAGUGCAGGUACGAGGAGCGCAGCACUACCACCAUCAAGGUCAUCAUCGUCAUCUACCUGUCUGUGGUAGGGGCCCUCUUACUCUACAUGGCCUUCCUGAUGCUGGUGGACCCUCUGAUUCGAAAGCCGGAUGCUUACACAGAACAGCUGCAUAAUGAGGAGGAGAAUGAGGAUGCACGCUCCAUGGCAGCACCUGCUGCAUCCCUUGGAGGACCCCGAGCAAACACUGUUCUGGAGCGCGUGGAAGGUGCUCAACAGCGGUGGAAGCUACAGGUGCAGGAGCAGCGGAAGACAGUCUUCGAUCGACAUAAGAUGCUCAGUUAGAUGACCAACACGUUUGCAUCAGGGACUCCGGCCAUGACUACCAGCUUCUAUAACUGGACGGGGCCAGAGGUUCCCUUCCCUCAUUACAGUCUUCCCCACAUCUUCCCUUCAAAAGGCAUCUGUCCUUCUCCCUCUCUAGAAAUGUACUGAACUGUUAUCACUAGGGAGAUUGAUGGAGCCUCUGGUCUCUGUGGGUCUCUGGGAUAGAGGGAAGGGAAGGCAAGCCAGAAGGGAUGGAGACAUUUGAGGCGGACACAGUAGGUGAAAUCUAUCUCCUUGUUCUACCUUGGCCACCCCUUCCAGCUCCACCUCUUGGGGAUCUUAUUACCCUUUGAAAGAUGGAGCUGUGUCUUUAAGAACAUGGUAUCCAGGAGGAAAGCAUGACCCAGCACUCAGCAUGUGCUCCUGGCUGCUGUGGUCCUACUCCUACUUCCUCCAGUGCUAGUACCUCAGCCCCUACUUGGCCUCAGGAACUGUUCUGGUGCCACUGAGCCUGUGGUGGUCUCCAAAGCCCACCUGGAAACCUGAUUCCUUCUCUUUGGGCUCCUGGGUCCACUGAUGCCUGCCUUUGCCCAUGCAUCCCCAAGUACUGGCAGCUGUUACCACCCUCAUCAGGAGGCCAGGCAGCCUCCCACCACUCCCCAGUGACUGCAGCUGCUGAGCCACAAAGUUGGACCACAUGGCAUGAGGCUGAGCAGCAGUGGACUUGAAUGGCUUCUGUCCUUGGAUCCUUACUUGUCCCUGAAUUUCAGUGUACCAUGCAUGGAGACAAAUACUUGUCCUUCUCUUGUCUUAGAGUUGUCUGUAAAUCAAGGAAGGCUUCAUUAAGUUCUGUUUCUCUCAUUUUCUGGAUUUAAGCAAUACAGGGGAACUAUACGAAAGUGUUUUAAAAGAGACCUGAUUAAGCAUGCUGACCCAAAGAAGGGGCAGAUCAUUGUCCUGGGGAGGUCCAGGCUGAGAGACCCUUGCAAAGCCAGGGUAAAAGACUCACCUGCCAAGGGGAGAGAUGCAGACUAAGGUUCUACUUGCACGUAGGCACAUCACAAGAAGCCAUGAUGAACUGGCUGUUGGGAAAUGGCCCAACAUUGUGUUUUCUUCACCAGUGUGGGAUAGUCCUUGGAAAAUGCACAGUGCCUGAUGUCACCCUCAUACCCUACAGGCACAUUUGUGGUAUAAUGUGUUCCCAAGUGAAAGCCAGCAGGUGGUAGGGGAGGGGAGGGUGACUGGAGGGACCAGUCAAAAAAACUGUCCUACAAGGAAGAGUCAGCAGCUUCCAGAGGGUCCACUCAACAGAGUCCAGCUCUAGGUCAGCUUGCCCCUGAAUGCAUGGUGGGAAGUGUCUAAGGAGAAGACUUUUGGGUUGUAUCUGCUGUCCUUCGGGGUUGUCCAGAUGAACACGCAUGGAAGUUCUGUGGAGCCUGUGUUUGGUUCUUGGUAACAGAUUUGGGGCAAGAGAACAACUUGAGUUGGCAGUUUCAGUUUGCAAAGAUUGCUGAAGUUCAGAGCUAAGUACAAGUACUCAGGGACAGGAAGGGGUAUGAUGUGGAUGGGACUUAGAGGCAGUAUUGGAAUCAAGAAAGAAAGCUAAUUAUGGAAUUCUGAGCAAGUGCCCUUAGCAAGCAUGAGGUCCAUGGUGGAGUUAGCAGGAGGUACGUGGUCAUAAAUGCAAGACUAGGACUGAGGACCAGUGCUGACCACAUGUGUCUGCUGCUAAUUCCUGGCAUUUUCUCAUCCCUCCUAGGGCUCAGCACCUAUUAGGAAUCUUGCUAUUGGCAUGUGCUUAUUUUAUAAAAGAGGCAGAUGAUCGUUAACUUACCAAUAACUCACCUAUAACCCAAGGUCAACCUAUAACCUAAGGACUCCCUCUGCAGUCCCUCUACCUGAAAGACCUCAAGCAUUUUUUUAUAUUUCAUUAUUUUUAUUUUACGUGUAUGAGUGUAUUGCUUGCAUGUAAGUGCAUUGCUCUCAGAAGUCAGAAGAGGGUGUCAGGCCCCCUGGAUGUGGAGUUACUGUUUUUAGUCAUCAUGUGGGUGCUGGGAAUCAAACCUGGAUCCUCUGCGAGAGCAGCCAGUGCUCUUAACCACUGAGCCUUCUCUCCAGCCCCCCAAGCUUUGUUUCCUAGUCUUGGUUAAGUCCUACAGAAAUACCCAGGAUCUGGUAGUUUUAAGGAUUUGAUGGGAAACAAGAACCUGCUGCUAGCUAGAAAUCAGCCUCCGCAUUAAAUAAGAUCAGUAUAUGAAGAUUUAUGAUUAGGAAUGAGUGUUCACUAAGUAAGGAUUCAAUCUGUAACCAAACAUCAAUCAUAUAAUUCUGAUAUGCAGACAUGGAUUCCAGGGUGCAUCUCACUUUGAUGGAGAGGCCCCCUGCCCCCCAAGGGAGAGGUUGCAUAGUCAAGAUGGAAAAGAUCAGAAGUGGCAUUCUUCAUCCUAUCUCAUGGUGGAAAGUGAGCACAAUGUAGUGCCCUGUUCAGAAAUUCUGUCUCAUCCACUCCCCCAGCAUGCUGUUGUGUAGCACCUUACCCCUCCUAGAACAGCUGGCUGGGCUUGGCUUUGGUAACUGGAGACUUGGAAUUGUUCUCUACAGGUAGAGGCUGGUCAAAAGGAGGUGAAUGGAGGUGGAGGCUAGCUGCUUCCUGUGGCCUCCAUCACCCUUGCACUUCUGUUUCCUGACAGCCAUCCUUACAUACCUGCCAACAAAAGCAAUCCAGCCCAGCCCAGCUUCUCUGCUCCUUCCUGGGCUACUCAACGCUUCUUUAAGAGGCUCAGUGGGACCACAGCAGGUUCAUGGUGUCUCCGGGCCGUUAGCUAUUACUGCUAGCAAAUGUCUUCUUCUAUUUUCCCUUCACCAGACUCUAGAAAAUCUUGCAUCCUAUACCAAGAAAACUGGGACCAUUAGGUGUGAUCUUAAUAAUCCUACCUCCAUCUGCAAAAUUGUCUUUGUUCAUAUUCAUCUUGACCAACUUAGCUGUGUCAACUCAAAACCAACCCACCCCUCAAUGGUAGUUCCUGGAACCCUCACUGUCUCCUCAGCCUCACCCUACUUCCUGCCCCUUUCCUUGGCCUGUCAGCCUUCAUGGUACCAGGUCCAGUACAGUUGCAGCAAAGUCUCCCUGACACUGUGCCCUCCUAUCGCUUUCCAGUCAGCCACUCUGUACGUUCGGUAGGCUGAGCUCCCCCUCCACACCCCUCUCCACAGUUCCCAGUGAGGUUGCAGAUGGCUGCAGUUGCCAGUUGCAGAGCAUGUCCCUGGUCUUAACCUUCCUAGCCCUCUCUGCUCCAUUUGACACCUUGAUCUUUCUCCCUUCUUCACAAAGUCCUCUGCUUCGUCUCAGUGACCAUGCAUGCCCCUUGGGCCUCCUCCCUUGGGCCUCACUAUUCCUCCACAUCUCUUUGACUAUUGCUAUUUCUCAGACCUCUGUUCUCAGCCAACUUGACUCAAUCUAUAAGUCCUCAAUCAAAAGUCCUCUCCCUGGAAGUUCAUUCUCUUUGGUGUUCAUUACAGAAUCUGACUCUAGCCAAGGCCUGGCCAAACCCGGGCUCCAGGCUGACUCUCUGGCUGUCAGAUGGACAGUCCUCUGGGCACCCCAGCAUCUGUUCAAAACCAGUAUGUCUGUGAUUAAACGCACCUUUGCCCCAAA